AUGAAUAGCAUCAAGGAGCUGCAAUGGCUGGACAACUUGUGCUGUGCUGGGUACCCUAUUGAGGUUGACGGGUUGAGGUGGCCCAGCACGGAGCAUUACUUUCAAGCGCAAAAGUUCGCGACUACCUCCCCAGAAAUGACUGAGGAGAUUCGCUCUUUGCCUGGGAACUCCGUGGAGAGCAACUUCCGGGCAAAGCGGCUUGGCAGGACUGGGCAGCUACGGCCAGACUGGGAGGAGGUGAAAUACUCGGUGAUGAGGACCGCCGUGCUGGCAAAGUUCUCUCAGCACAAAGACUUGAAGCAAAAGAUGCUGAAGGACUUUCCUCUGGAGGCCACUUUCGUGGAGCACUGCGCUGACGCAGAGUGGGGCGACGGUGGCGAUGGAAGCGGCAAGAACUUGUUUGGGAAGGUGCUGACCGAAGUGAGGGAUAUUCUGGCUGAGCAGGAUGCAAAGGGUGGUUGCAAGACCGUACCCUGA